AAAAGAUAUUUCUCUCGAAAAUUUUGAUUCUUGCAGGUAAAAAUAGUAUUUUCUGUAGAUUUUGAUGUACGUGCGGUCAUUCGCUUGCACGCAUAUUGUAAUUGGUAUCUUCAUCCACCGUUGAAAGGGUAAACUUACAAAGUAACGACAAGGCUUACGCAAUUAACGUAUCUUAUUUCGAGUCAUUGGCAGAUAGUUCUGGCAACAUGAGAAGACUCACGUCAAUAUAGUAAACGCGAGUGUAAUUCAUUCAUGUCGUGCAACGAAUUGUGUUACACUAUAAACGCUUUGUCACGUAGUUGCUACCUUGGGAGUAAUGCCCGAUUUAUGUCAAAAUAGACAGAGGAGAUUGUGGUAAUUAAAAUACAGCAUAUUUCAAAUUUCUCGCGAUCCCUUUUAUCGAUUUAUUAUUUUUGUUGCUAUUAUUAUAUCGACAUUGGGAAUAAAAAUGAGUUUAAAUCUCUCUUUAACAAUAAUUCGAUUGAAAUGGUUCUUUCUUUGGAAUGUUUUGAUUGAAAGUACGAUUAAUAUGUUUGUGAUUAAUUGCUGUAUUAAUUAUCUCGGGAUUUUAUUGCAGAAAUAUAAUCGCACGCAGACAUAACGUGGACACUCGGCACAGAUAUUGUGAAUAAGUGAUCAGUGAAAGUGUGAACGAUGCACGUUUUAGACAUGCGAGUCUUACGUGCCGGCAUGCACGCAUCUUUUGCAGUGCUUGACCGACUUACUUAAUAAAAAAUCCGCAGAACAUGAUAAAGCAUUCAAGUUCGUGCUGAAAACAAUUAAAUUUCCGUGCGAUAUUACACGCACAAAAGUAAUCGUUAAAAUGCCGCUCUCUCCAUAUUUUUUACUAUUAUAAAUAGAUGCAUAGACACUUUAAAACAUCGCUUUGUUGCAGAAGCGUAGUCACUAAUUAAAUUUAAAAAUUAAUUUACUUUGUUGUACAAAUCGUCAAAGGCGGAAUUUAAUUUGAAUAUUUGGAUUUAAGACACAAGAAAUUGUAAACAUUUUAGAUGACUAAUAAUUUCAAGUAUUUUGUUCCUUAAUGAAGAUUGGGUAAAAUAGUUUUACAUCUCAAAGAUAUGUUUGUGCUACUUGUUUCAAAUUUUGUCCUAAUAACAUAAGGCGUUGCACGUGUUGUUAUUUAGGAUUUCGCAUUAACAAGAAAGUGAUAAAAAUAUAGUCUUUAAUUGCGUGCUCGUUUCACUCAACUAUCGAGAGUGGUAACUCGCAAUCUAUACAUACACUAACGUAAGCCUUGAUCGGACUUAAAGUUCACUCGGUAUGUAGGUUACACAGGAUCGAAAUGAAUUUGGGAAGGCUAAUAUUAGACUGAAUACGGCCAAGUUCUCACGCGUGUACCAAGCACAAGAUGAUAUGACUCACCUGGUUCAUGUACUAUGAGCGUUCCGUUGCUUUCUUAUCAUUCCGCGAUUAGCGCAAAACACCUUCACUGAUAAAAAGAAAUAAUAAAUCCUUUCAUAUCGUAUUGCACGUUCAAGCGCUGAAGAAACGAAAAAAAAAAGAGGAAAAAUGCAGAGACGCGGAUGCGUCGCUCGACGCUCGUUUCGCUCGCACGCUUUUCGGUGACGCGCCAACAAAAUCGUGCGGUGGAUUAUGCCAACGAUUACCGUCACGUAUAACAGCACACGACGCGUCGUAAUUGCGAAGAGAGGUGCAUUCUAUGCAGACGUACACCCACUCGCACUCGCUCACAUACACACACGUCGCUGAUUUAGCCCUUGGUAGUAAACUUGCACAACAGUCGUGCACGCGAUCGCGUUGAAUUGAGGAGGAGGUUUGGAUUGUCCGGAAGACGAUGAAUUAGCUCCCAUCGUUGCGUAUUAAUCGACUGUCAGCGACUCGCCACGGACCAGUUGACGUUUGGUCAUUGAGCGGAUAACAUCAUCGCCGUUUUUUUUUUUUUCUUCACCCGGCAAAGCAUUUACGCCUUUCACACACGCCCGUUCGCUCCUCGAGGCGCAACUUCUACCGUGCCGCUCGUGAUAAUCCGGAUUGUAAACUUUCGUCAACGGUAUCGAUGAUUAGUUGAUAUUCCGCGAAAAAUGUUGCUGAAGGAUGCGAACAACGAUGUCUCAUCAACUACGAAUUUUAGCAAUUCGCGACGGUGCAUUCAGAAUGACCAAAUGAGUGCUUCGAGAAGCAGCAUGGUAUCAGAGCGAAGAAUUACUAAUUCUGAUAUUAUGACAUUACCGACAAUAUCAUUUCUGUAUCAACAGGAAGAUUUUGAGGAGAAUUUCGCCGCUAUGCCGCGAAAAAUCGUCGCUAAUAGAAUCUUUGUCAAUCGAAGUCUUCAUCUGGAAAACAUCAAAUUCUAUGGCUUCGACAUGGAUUACACAUUAGCGGAAUACAAAUCGCCCCAAUAUGAGCAGUUGGGCUUCAAUUUGCUUAAGGAUCGUUUAGUAUCUUUGGGUUAUCCGCAAGAAAUCAAGGCUUUCGAAUAUGAUCCCAGUUUUCCCGUUCGUGGAUUAUGGUUUGAUACCUUAUAUGGAAAUCUCUUGAAGGUGGAUGCUUACGGGAAUAUCUUAGUUUGUGUUCAUGGCUUUGAAUUCUUGAAACAUUCUCAGGUCUAUGAGCUUUACCCAAACAAGUUUCUACAAUUAGAUGAGUCUAGAGUUUAUGUGCUCAAUACUUUGUUCAACUUGCCGGAAACCUAUCUGCUGGCGUGUCUAAUAGAUUUUUUCACUAACUCGCCGCAAUUCACCAGAGAAAAGACCGGAGUGAAAGAAGGUGAGCUCACUAUGAGCUUCAGAAGUAUAUUUCAGGAUGUCAGAAGCGCGGUAGAUUGGAUACACCUUCACGGUGAUCUGAAAACGAAGACUAUUGAGAACUUAGACGAAUACGUAAAGAAGGACGAGAGGUUGCCUAUGUUUCUUACGAGAAUCCGAGAGAGCGGAGCAAAAGUGUUUUUAUUAACUAACAGUGAUUACGUUUUCACGGACAAAAUUAUGACUUAUUUGUUCGAUUUUCCACACGGUGCACGGCCUGAUGAACCACACAGAAAUUGGAAAACUUAUUUUGACACAAUUGUAGUAGAUGCUAGAAAACCUUUAUUUUUUGGAGAAGGAACCAUUUUACGACAAGUAGAUACGAAGACAGGCGCUUUAAAACUCGGCACUCACAAAGGACCGCUUCACACAGGUGAAGUGUAUUCAGGAGGCUCGUGUGAUGUCUUUACGGAAUUAAUUGGCGCCAAAGGAAAAGACGUAUUAUACGUCGGUGAUCACAUAUUUGGUGAUAUUUUAAAGAGCAAGAAGAUAAGAGGCUGGAGAACAUUUUUAAUAGUCCCCGAAUUGGUGCAAGAGUUACACGUUUGGACUGACAAGUGUCAAUUGUUUGCCGAAUUACAAAGUCUGGAUGUCAUGCUUGGAGAAAUGUAUAAAAAUUUAGACAGUAGUACAAAGGAAAAGCCAGAUAUCUCUAAAUUGCGCACCUCCAUAAGGGAUGUUACACACAAAAUGGACUUGGCUUACGGUAUGAUGGGUUCCCUGUUUCGCAGCGGAAGUAGACAAACGUUUUUCAGCAGUCAAGUCGUGAGGUAUGCCGAUUUGUACGCGGCGACUUUCUUGAAUCUGAUUUAUUAUCCCUUUUCGUACAUGUUCAGAGCACCUGCCAUGCUGAUGCCUCAUGAAAGCACAGUAGCACACGAACAGAGGUUUGUUAUGGAAACCCCAAUGAUAAGUCGUUCUAGGACGUUUAAAUUAACAGAUGAGGAAGAAGAACAUAAUCGGCCUUCUUCUAAAAAUUUGUAUGUGGACCAUUUUAAUAAUCAAAUUCCACAUGCAAGACCGGAAACGCCACGUAAUGUCACGCAUACACACGAUGAGGACUGCAGCGACGAAGAUAGCGAUUCACAAAAGCAAGGCAAUCAAGUAAGAGUAUGUACAAGAAAUGCAAAUUGCAACUGAAGUAAUAUUAUUCUCAGUGUUGUUUUCCAUCUCGUAUAAUUGAUAUAGACUGAAAGACGAGUGGAAUGAAACAUAAUACGUAGCAAGUAAAACAUAUUACUUAAGAUAUAUUUGCGUCUCAAGGAGUUAAUGUAGUAUGUUAAUGUAAUAUAUGACGGUUCACACUGUAUUAACAAUAUUUAGUCUCAAAAUGUGUACGGUUAUUUAUAUUUUUUAAAAGAUGUUAAUAUAAUAAUAUGAAGAUGAGAUUUGGCAAUAUAUUUAUAUUGAUUCUGUGAAUAAUUUCUGAAUAUAUAUAUAUAUAUAUAUAUUUAAUACUUUUCUAGUUGGGAGACUUACAUAAUAAUUAGCGCACAAAUGCUCAUAUUAUGCCCAAAUAUUUAGGCGUUGAAUUACUACACAUACUAGACAUUGUUAGUAUUGUAUAUGUUGUAUAUUAACUUCACUUAUUAUUUAGGCUAAGUAUUAUAUAUGAAAAACGUUGAUAGUAAAAAAACAUCGAUUAAACUUAUUGUAAAAUUUAAUACUAGCCUGUUUUUUUAAUAUGUAGUAUAAGUUUAUUAACAUUAAAUGGAUGAAAUCUAACAAAUUCCAAAUAAAUGGUGCAAUUUAGGCUAGUCUCUGUAUAGCAAGAAUAUAUUACAUGAUUAUAUUCUUUAAAUUAAUUAGUUUAAUAUGUAGAUAAUCAAGUUUUUUAAGGUAUAAUUAAUUCUGAUUCAAGAAACAUCAUCAAAUUAUUGGAUUUAAAAAAAUUGUUAGAUAAGUCUUUACACCACAAGAGAAUAAGACAAUAUUCAACUUUGUAUACGAGACAAAUGCUAUAAGAUAUAGUAAUAGAAAAAGAUCAAAUGUAGAACAGAAUAUUGAUGAUAGUGUGAGAUUAACACACACCUUCACAGAAUACUGAAAAAGAAUACUGAAAAGUUUAUUUCAUUUUAUGUAAUUAUAAUACUAAAAUUAAAAAAUGUUCUCAAAAAUUCUGAAAAUAUUCACAUAUAAUUCUCUCCUCUGCUCAGGUGAUUUAUUCAUAUUUCUUUACAGAAAAGUAGUGUAAUUACUAUAUGUUAAAAAUAAUAUAAAAUUGCAAUCUGUACAAAUAUACAUGUAUUAUACACGAAUUAAAAAGUU